CUGCUGUAGGACUCUCAACCCUUCUCCCGUGGCAUUUCUGCGUGGGGCUGGUCUUUGGAAGACACGCCGUGGAGAAGCCUCUCUUACAAAGAAAGCAGUGCUCUGCGCAGAGGUGGAUGGUUCCUGGCACUUUAUCUGCUACUAACCAGUUUCCAGAGAGGGGAAGGAGGCACCGCACGCUCCUAGGCCGUCCAUUUUUCAGACUUUAACUUAAAUACAUACAUCAGAGCGAGGAAGCCUCUUGGAUUUGCCCCCUGGGCUGCAGCGGUUCAGCAGGACGAGCUGAGUCGCGCCGAGCGGUGCUGGGCGGCCGCGUGGCCGCUGGAGGGCAGGCGAAGCGUACCGGAGCGGCGGGCAGCGCUGGCAGCACCGGCAACCUCGGCAACCUGACCCCGCUGCAGAGCGCCCGUCGUGGGAGCCGGGCCGGGCAGAGCUGGGCUAAUGGACCCGAGCGGGAGCGGCGGCUGCCUGCCCGAGCGGCGGCAGGGCCGGGGAGAUCCGCACCGGGGCUACCGCCCGCCCGGAGCUGGCCGGGGACGAGACGCGCGGCUGCCCGCUCCAAGGCGGAGAGAGAGAGGGAGAGGAGGAGGAGGAGAGACAGGGGGAGAGGAGAGCUGAUGCCUAAGCGAGUCACUCGGAGGAGGCAAAGCGGGCGGUACCACAACUUCUCGGCGGCGCGGAGCGGCGCGGAACGGCGCGGAGCGGAGCUCGCCGGCCGGAUCGCUCCCAUGUCAGGGCGGCGGUGGGGGACUGCACUCCGCUAGCGUGAAGCCACUGACCUCCCUCUUCUCCUCGCCCAGCGAUGUAUUCACUGCUCUCAGCCUGCACUUGCCUAUGUUUACAUUUCCUGCUGCUGUGCUUUCAGGUACAGAUGUUUGCUGCCGAGGAGAAUGUAGAUUUUCGGAUACACGUGGAGAACCAGACGCGAGCGAGGGACGACGUGAGCAGGAAGCAGCUUCGGCUCUAUCAGCUCUACAGCAGGACAAGCGGGAAACACAUCCAAGUGCUCGGCAGGAGGAUCAGUGCCAAAGGAGAAGAUGGAGAUAAAUAUGCCCAGCUUCUAGUGGAAACAGACACUUUUGGCAGUCAAGUCCGGAUCAAAGGGAAGGAGACAGACUUCUACCUUUGCAUGAACAGGAAAGGCAAGCUAGUGGGGAAGCCUGAUGGCACCAGCAAGGAGUGUGUCUUCAUUGAAAAAGUUCUAGAGAACAACUACACGGCACUGAUGUCAGCGAAGUAUUCAGGCUGGUAUGUUGGAUUCACCAAAAAAGGGAGGCCAAGGAAAGGGCCCAAGACCCGAGAAAACCAACAAGAUGUACAUUUUAUGAAGAGGUACCCAAAGGGGCAAGUGGAGAUACAGAAACCUUUCAAGUACACAACAGUCACCAAGAGGACUAAGAGAAUACGACCCACCAACCCCAGUUAAAACCAGACCAGAACGGUGUCACCAUAAUGAACCACAAAGAAACGAAACCAAACCCCCCCCACAAAAAAAAAAAGAAAAACAAACCCAAACAAACAAAACCCCCAAAACCCACAAACAAAAAAAAGAA